CAAGGUACAGGCCCUCCUGGCAUCGUCCUUGCAGGAAUCGCCCGCGAUGAUGCUUCACCUCAUUCCAGAACCGGCGUUACAGGGGAAGACAAACGGCGCCCGCGAAUCCAUCUCCGUUGCGGAGGACUACCAUGAUCAAAUUUCGGCAAUCAAUAACCACUCGACGCGCUCGACUUAUCAUGACGCACGCGACAUGCAGCGAAUGGGACUCGACCAGAAAUUCGUCCGGCAGUUCCGCUUCCUUUCCUUCGUUUCAUUCGUGGCAGUGGCGACAGCGAUUUGGGAAAUCACCCUUUUCACUGUCACCCCAGGUCUUACAAAUGGGGGACGCCCUGGCCUGCUUUACGCGGUGCUCUGGAACUUUCUCGGAUUUGGCCCUAUAUACCUGAGCUUGGCCGAAAUGGCCAGUAUAGCACCUAUCGCUGGGGCUCAAUAUCACUGGGUCAGUGAAUUUGCGCCCGAAAGAUGUCAGAAAGUUCUUAGCUAUUUAACGGGAUGGAUCUCAACACUGGCGUGGCAGUCCGGGAAUGUCCUGGGAGUCUUUCUCGCGGCGACAAUCACACAAGCGAUCAUCAUAGUCAACGCACCAACCUACGAGUCUCCACGUUGGCACGCUACAGUCCUCGUGAUCGGUGUGAUAGGGUAUACACUCUUCGCCAAUGUUUUUGGCUCGAGACUAUUGCCUCGCAUCCAAAAUCUACUCUUCGUCGUUCACAUUAUGGUCUAUUUUGCGCUCAUCAUACCUAUAUGGGUCAACGCCCCUAGAACAACAUCGGCUGAAGUCUGGACUAGGCUAAGCAAUGCGGGAGGCUGGUCAGGCCUGCCACUUUCUGUGCUGAUUGGACAAGUUUCUGGUGUAUUUACGCAAGUCGGUGUCGACACGGCAGCACACAUGUCUGAAGAAGUCAGAGAUGCGGCCAUGGCCGUACCUCGGGCGAUCAUUAGCGUCUAUAUUUUCAACUUCUGCCUUAUUUUCCUGGCCAUGAUCACUCUUUGCUAUCACAUCCUCGACGUUGGUACUGCUGUUACAGAUCCGACGGCGUAUCCCGUCAUUUACGUUCUUCGUCAGGCAAUUUCACAGACCUGGCUGACCACAAUACUCGCGUUCACUGUCUUUCUGCUCACUUUCGCCGACAUCUCCUACCUCGCUACCGUUAGCCGGGAUCUCUUUGCCUUUGCUCGCGAUGACGGACUGCCAUUCUCAAACUGGAUUUCGCGAGUCGAUAGCUCUCGCAAUAUGCCUCUCAAUGCCUGUAUACUCACCUGCGUUACGAGCAUCUGCCUGGCACUCAUAUACCUAGGAAGUCCCGUCGCGUUUUACGCUUUCACCUCACUCAACAUCGUCGCUUUGCUGCAAUGCUACAAUAUCAGUAUUGGCUGCGUAUUAUGGCGACGAAUUCGUCAUCCGACGACGCUCCCGAAGGCUCGAUUCAGCCUGGGUAAGCUCGGCAUCCCAAUUAACAUAGCUGCGAUCGUCUAUUCAUCCUGGGCUUUCUUCUGGUGUUUUUGGCCCCAAUACUAUCCAAUCACGGCGGCCAACUUCAACUGGUCAUCUGUGAUAUUUACUUCGGUUCUGCUGGGUUCCUUGUUUUACUACUUCAUUUGGGGCAGAUGGAAGUACGUGGGUCCGGUUGUACGUGUAGAGGGUAGAAAGGUUCGUUAAUAAAUAGAUGGGAUUGCAGGCUAUUCUGCAUCAUGUAUAUAACGCCUGUACAAGAUAAGCGCA